AUGUCUCAAGGCAGAAAGAGGAAGACUUAUUCACCGACUAUACCGGAGAGAACACCAAGUAGACCUAGAAGGAGUAGUUUAGGUCAGGAGGAGGAGGUUACAGAAUUACUGCAAGAUUCGAAUUUUGAUGUAUCGGAAGGUGUUCGUUUAUUAUUACGUAUGCAUGCUGCUCUUAAUGGCAAGGUGGAGGAUUUUAUAAAGCGACUCGACCAUCUUACGGAAUGGCUUAAGAAUGUGGAUGAGGCACUUGUUGAUUUUGAGGUUAGAUUAGUGGAUAUUGAGGCCAGGAUUGGUUCGGGCGGAUCGGAGUCGGUGAGUUCUUCUCUUAUUGAUAAUAUUAGUACGAAAGUCUCGAAAAUGGAACGAGAGAUAGAUUACAUGGAUAAUCAGCGAAGAAUUAAUAAUGUAAUAAUACAUGGUUUGGAGGAAGGGGCUGGAGAAUCGGCUAAUGAUACUUUAGAGGCAGUUAAACUCUUUGCUAUGAAUAAGCUGAAUUUGCCUGUGUUGAGAUAUGUUGAUGCUAGGAGAGUUGGAAAGAAAUUUGGUGAUAGGCCUAGAAUAAUAAUUUGUCAGUUUGGGUCUCUUAAUGAUAAAUUAUCUUUUAAAAAAGCUGUUUUUGAGUCCCGUAAUUUGAAUGUAUUUGUUAAUGAUGACUUUUCGCAACGAAUAAGAGAUAUAAGGUAUAAGUUAAGGAUGUUUGGAAAACAGAAGAAAUCUGAAGGUGCUCAGAAAAUCCGUUUAACUUAUGAUAAAAUAUUUAUUGAUGGAGUGAAAUACGGAUAUGAUGAGAAUUCGGGUAAAAUUAUUGUUGUUUCUUCAUAG